CUCUAAGUACUCUUUUCUUAUCUUGUGAAGAACGGUGCUCUGUACUCUCUCUCUCUCUCUCUCUACCCCCUCACUGAGAUCGCGAUCGAGAGUCGGAAGAUUCGCGUGCUUCGCUGAUCCGGAGGGAGUUUCAGUGGAAUAUUUGAAGAGAUCGAGUGGAAAUCUAUCGAUCGAGCUCGGUUUCAUUCGAUAUGGUGAAGAUUUUAGUGGAACUACGUGGUCGUUGUCUUGCUGGGGCUAGGGUUUGUAAUUCGAUAUGUUGUAGAUGCAUGUGAAGCUUUUCUUGGGAUGCUAUGGCAGGAGAAACUGAGGAUUGCAUUAGCUUUCAGGCUGAUCGAUUGCCCACCGGUUCCAUAUCAUUUGGACGAUUUGAACUAGAAUCCUUGUCCUGGGAAAGAAGAUCGUCUUUCUCCCACAACAGAUACCUUGAGGAGGUUGAGAAAUACUCUACUCCCGGUUCAGUUACUCAGAAGAGAGCUAUCCUAGAAGCCCAUUUCAAGAAGAAGCCUCUUCUUCCUCAGGCUUCAUUGGAGAAUCAAUUUACAGCUGAGUGCCAGACUGCUGGAAAUGACCUUGAUCACCACACAGGAUGCUCUGAUGAAUUUGAAGAUCAUGGUGAUGAUGAAAGAAGACCUGAAUUCAUUUGGUAUGAUGACACACCAUCUGGCUCAGAUGGACAUGACAUGAUGGAGUGUGAACUGCAAGAAACUUGGCCGUCUGAAAUUUCAGCAGAGUCCGUGCCUUAUAAUGUUGAGAGAGCUGUAGACCGUACUUGUGAACUAUCAGAUCAUGAUGAAGUUAUUCACAAUCAAUGGGUACAUGAGCCUGUGAUGUCAAAUAAGGACGACUUACACAUAGUUUCUGAACAGGAGCCUGACAAUAAGGCUGUGAUUAUGGAGGAACUACUUGAAAAGAAGGAAGCUGUGGAAGAACAGGUAGAAAAGAAGGAAGCUACAAUUGUGGAGGAAUUGAAGAGUGAUGUCUCAUCUAAUAGGCCUGUUGUUGAGAAGAAGAAAUCACCUACCUUGAAUAAGAGAGCUCAAAGAGCUCCACUCAAGGGUAAAGAGGCUGUUGACCAGAAAACUGCAAAAACAAAACAGAUUAAUAAGUUGCCUGUUCAACAAAAUAUGAGAAAGCCAUCAACUGAAAGAAGUUAUGUGUCUUCUGGGAAGGCUCUCUCCAGAUCUACUGGAAAUCUAGAAACUGAAACCACUCGGAGAACAAAGUCAGUGAAGCAGUCAACAUUAAGGGCUCCAACACCAAAGUCUCCUGACCCGAAAACAUCAAAAGAGCCAUCUAUAAAUACGAAAGCCAAAGUAAGUCGAGGAAAUCCAAGGUCUGACGUGAACACUGAGAAAGACUUAAGAAUAAAGAAGAGUACCAUUAUGCCUCAUUCAGUUUCUGGAAAAAGUGAAAUGGAUGUACGCCGACCUGUGAGCAGGUCUAAGCGUGUUCCUGAUUCUGCUAAGGAAGAAACAAAGCAAAAUGGUGUAAUCUUUAGUUUAAAAAGUGAUGAAAGGGCUGAAAAAAGAAAAGAGUAUUACAUGAAGUUGGAGGAGAAGCUUCAUGCAAAGGAGGCUGAAAUGAGUGAGAUUCAAGCUAGAACACAGGAACAGACAGAAGCAGCUAUAAAGCAGUUUCGGAGAACCCUUAAUUUCAAAGCAACCCCUAUGCCUUCUUUUUACCAUGAAGCAACGUCAAUAGCUUCUGAAGGGAAAAAGAAGGUAACGACGAAACCUCAAAAAUUGCAAAGCAAAAGUGCAAAUCUUGGGAUCCGAACCUCUCAUAGAGAAAAAUCACCCUCUCUUCCGAAAGCUUCGGAUCAGGAAAGCCCAUCCAGUGAUGAACCAAAUCAGGCAUCCGGGUCAGCUAAGCCUACCAAUGAAAGGGAAAAAGACGUGAAAAACAAACCGGUAAGAAGCGCUAACGGACAGAGAAGAGAAGUUGUUGAUCAUGUGAAAAGAAGUAACGUGGGGGAUGUGAUCAAGCGUGGCAUUGUUGGUGGAAAGGUUGCCGUCCGUGUCGCCUCUUAAGUCAUUUUCGCUUAUGUUCUAAUUUAAUUCAUUCGUUCAUACUAUCGAAAUUAGAGAAAUUUAGUGGAAUUUGGUCGAUAUUGCAGCCUUCUCAUCGGUAAUUUUCUAGAUCCCUCAGAAUUUCAAGGUUCCUUAAAAAAUUGUCAAUUCCCUCUCUGGUAUCAGGAUCUGAGAGCUGAGGAAAUAGGCAUCAAGCUCAAGCCAAAAAAGACUAGUCGAUCUCGUAUUUUUAUGUAAUGGACUGUAUGCUAGUGAAGUAAAUUGUCACUUGUGGUGUCUCCUUUCUGUUGCAAAACCAAAUGUUGUAUCAAUGAUGCCCAUGUUUAUGUUAAGUUAUAUAUGUAGCAGUUCGAAUGUGUUGCUCAUAUUUAAAUUAGUUAUGGAUGCAAGUUUUGUUUA